CCAAAGUUAUAUAAUCUUAAGGCAGAACUGCUGUAAGUUUUGAGUGGGUCACACUGUGCAAAGGAUACCAGGGAAUCAGGAGGUGGAAACAUGUCUGGAAAACCCAAGCUGCACUACUUCAAUGGACGUGGCCGCAUGGAAACAAUUCGGUGGCUCCUGGCAGCAGCUGGGGUUGAGUUUGAAGAAUCUUACCUGGAAAAAAAGGAGGAUCUGACAAAGUUACAGAAGGAUGGAUCCCUGCUCUUUCAGCAAGUGCCAAUGGUAGAGAUCGAUGGGAUGAAGCUGGUGCAGACCAGAGCCAUUGCCAACUACAUAUCAACCAAGUACAACCUCUACGGGAAGGACGUGAAGGAGAGAGCCCUAAUUGAUAUGUACGUGGAAGGAAUGUUCGAUCUAAAUGAGUUACUCAUGACAUAUGAAAUCCAACCAGCAGACAAAAAGGAGCAGCAUUUUGCAAAUAUGAUGGACAAGACUGAAAACAGAUACUUCCCAGUCUUUGAGAAGGUUUUGAAAGACCACGGAAAAGACUUUCUGGUUGGCAACCAGCUGAGCAGGGCAGAUGUUCAAUUACUUGAAAUAAUUUUGAUGAUAGAGGAGUGGAAGCCUGAUAUCUUUGCCAAAUUUCCUCUCUUGCAGAGUUUCAAAGCAAGACUAAGCAACAUCCCCACAAUAAAGAAAUUCCUGCAGCCUGGCAGCCAGAGGAAACCACCAUCAGAUGACGAUGUUGUAGACAAAGUGAUGAAAAUUUUCUACUCCUGAGCAGCACCCUAAAGCCACAGAAACUCUGUUUCAUUGUAUUUGCAGAUAGUAGGAAGGUGAAAUUAAUGAAAAGAAUGGAAAUGUCAAAUUAAUGGAAUAAGUGAAAAAAUGUUUUUGAUCUUUCCUUACCAACAGGGCUGGUUUUAGCCUACUGCAGACACUUCAGUGUUAAACUACAUGAGUGUACCAGCAAAGGAAACAGUUCACUAAAUAGGGGGUAUAUGGGACAACACAGAAUGCCUUAGAUAACUAAAAAGCUACCUGAAAUAAAUUCUUACUAUUGAUACUCAAAA